GCCCAACGAUUCAGUCGUUUGCCGGCUACCGACGCGUGUGGAUUCAAUUCUGUAGAACGUUUCGCGGUAUUGUCAAUCAUAUCCGGUGAGUUGUGUGACACUUCUUCUUCGUGAGUUUUUUUUUUGUAAUCUUCGUUGGUGUUUUGUCCUGACUAGAAGAGGGUUGUAAAUAAGUACAAAUGACCAACAUGUUUGUUCUGUAGAGUUGGGGAAAACAGUGUGACAGAAUUAUGAGCACCGAGAAUCUCCAGGGGAAUUCUCCAACCGUUGAUGCUGGGUUAUCCCCAAAAGUAGUCGGUUGGUAAUAAGUUAGUGGUUUGCUCCAAGGAUAAUGGGGCUCCUCGAAUCGACGAAGGAUAACGAGCUGUAUUGCAUUUUGGAUCAUUAACUGAAGUGUUCUCAGUGUGCGGUCGUCUCCAACAAGAAUGCACGAGAUGAGUCUCAAUAGGUGCUUCUCGAAAGAAAACGAUCGGAUCGACGACGGCUGUGUCAAAGCAAAAUAUCGUUAUUUUUAGAGAGCUUCAUAUGUGUGUUAAAGUCAAGGUUCAAUACGGGCUAUUGUUGGAGUUUAGCUAACAACGUGAAACGUCGAAGGAAAAGCGAAGAAAAGUGUGUUUGCUGUUGUUACAAAAGAGUGUUGUGUUGAUCCAAUUCAAGUUCACGAGAAAGAAAAUUCCGUUGGGUCAGCCUGGAGUGGAAAACUCAUUCCAGUGGAAGAUGUGAUUACUGUUAGUCUAAAUCUGACCGGAGUUGGAAGCGGAUUUGAAGAGGAUUGAGGAAUUGGAACGUGCUUUGUUCGGUUCGGUUGCGAUUUGGAAGGAGAAACAUAACUACCAACGUGCGGUUGUUUGAAUGGGAGUGGGGGUUGAUGAGAGAUGUCCUGUCAGUAACAGACAGCAGAAACCGGAGUGAAGGCUGUUGUGUUGUUAGUUCGAAUCUUUGAAUCCAGUGGAGAGCAGAUAAUAGAUUCACGGAAAGCAGAACCACAUCGGGAAGCAUUUAGUGGAAACGGUGAAGACAGAUCUUGCCCUCUUAUCAACGCCCGGAUCAUUUUUCACUUCGGACUGGAAGUGUCACAAACACGUAACAGGCCCCAGACAGCACCUCGCUCGGCCGGAUAAAAUGAUCCCAUCAGUGUCGAAGCCGGGACGAGUCUACUAAGCUUGUCGUGUACACAGAGCAAAACGAAAUAAUCCGUCUCUUUUAUCGUUACCAUCCGGCUCCAUCAUUGGUGCUGAUUUAAUCGUGCCUGCACGGAUUUGUUCACCGAGAGUGCUCCUUCUUCCCUCCCCUUCCUUCAGACAAUCCAAAUCGUCCUUGUUCGCUUCCAGCAACCAUGAUCCCACCAGCUCGUCACUUUUGCUCCGUGGAGUUGCCAGUGUGCUUUCCUGCGUAAUAGGUAGGCGUGCUUAAUUCGAUUUAUGAUGUUGUGAAUUGAGUUUUGCUGCCUCCGACCACGACGUGACCAACCGUUUCCGGGCCUUCAGCGAGCGCAAAUUUACUCUGCGGCCAAACACACAAUAGCGGAGCACCGUGACCGAGGUAUAAAUUAUAAACCGACCGGGGUGGUGGUGGAAACAAAAGUUAUGCUAAUAUAAAUCAGCGAAUUAGCAUUCAACCCGUCAUAACAGCAUCCGGAGCAAGGAUUUCGAAGCGCACCGCUCACCGGGAGACAAACACAAACAAUAAUAGAGCCUCCCACCCCAAAGCCUCGAAGAGUGGUGGUGGGGGUUGCAAAACACAACCCCAUCACAUUUCGCCGAAUCGGGACCGAAGGGUUUUUGCCGAACCGGAGUGAAAAGUUUGGGCAGAAAACAGCACAAGAAGCCUUUUUCACACCAAACCAAACAAAAUGGAUGGAAGGAACCGACGGCGACAGCUUGGCGUUCCGUGCCACUGCCUCCGACCUCUGAUUCGGAUAUGGGGGAUAGCAACAGCAAUUGUGGUCAGCGGUGUCGGAGUCGACAUUCUGGUGCACGGCUACAAUGCAGGUGUUUACAUCAUUGUUGCCUCUGUCGUUAUAUUCCUCCUGGAGAUCAAAUGGCUCUUCACACUAUUCAUCCAUCUUUUCUGUACAAGCAACGGUGGAAGCAUCGAUGGCGACUACUCGUCCUCGUCAGGCUGUGUCAAGUGCUGGAGCAUCUGCCGGUUUUGCGGUGGCUGGCGGUUGUCCUUUCCCUACGUGGCCUUAGGCAUCGCGCUCAUCAUGUGGCCUCACCGGUUAUGGCUCAGUCACGUGGCCGGUGGUCAACUGAUAGGGCUGGCUGUGCUGCGGUUGCUCACCCUGUGCCAGUUCCGACAGGGCGGCAAGGACGAACAACUGCUCAAUCAAUUUGAUGAGAACGUUGACAAAUACGACAAUCUCACCGAUGUUCUGGUGGAUGACUCAAUGCCCAAGCCCGGCCAAAGUUUGGAAGACGACGACGAGGACGAUGGCAUUGAAGGCCACCACGAUGAUGACGACGACCUGCAUCGUCUUAGCAUUCACGAAGGAAAAAUCAGCACUUCGAAUGGAACGAUUUGACACCAACAGACGGCUCCGCUCAGCCGGAAGUCAAUCUGCAAAAAUAUGAACCAAAGCUACGAGAAACUCGACGAAGAUUGCGACUGUGACGUGAUAAAAUAGGAUAGGAUGCCGGUGAUCGAUCGUCAGGUGAUCGUCACCGAGGAGACCGAUGUCAGCUAGUAGUGCAUUGUCGGUCAUUUUUCACGAACUGAGAGUGAUUUGUAAAUAGAACGGAAUAUUAUAGAUAACAUAAUACAAUAGUUAUACAGUUUGUGCAUUGUGGUUGACAUUAUUUUAUGUAGUAAUAUGACUUUGCUUAUGUUUAUUUAUUAUGUGUUAUGUUCAAAUUUAGAAAGUUGAAUAUUAAUGAAGGCUUUCAAUUCGAGCCGAACAUUAUCAAAUCAAUUAAUUGGUUUGAAUAUUGUUCGGAAGCUUCAAAAAUAUCAGAAUUGUUUGAACGAGUGAAACUGAGUUAAAACAGGGACAGUUUGGUUUUCAUCAGCACCAACAACUCUGACAGAUAAUAGCUUUUUAAGACAACCAUGUAUAUAACAAUCAUACAAAUUAGUUUGGAA